AUGUAAAUAUAUUCUCUUUAGCAAGAGCGCACGUUGGGCCAAGGAACUUUUGGCAAGGUCUAAUUGGGGUAUCACACUAUUGCAGAUGAAUAUGUCGCAAUCAAAAUCCUUGAGAAGAGAAUGAUCGAAAAACAUAGUGAUUUAGUCAGAGUUUAAAGGGAAAUCUCAAUUCUUAAAAAAGUUAAUCAUCCAAACGUAAUCAAAUUGUAUGAGAUCUUAGAAUCAGAGUCAUGUGUGUACCUGGUGAUGGAAUAUGUGAAGGGUGGAGAAUUGUAUGAAUACAUAAUUAAGAAGAAAUACCUACCAGAAAAUAUAGCAGUACGCUACUUUUAGUAGUUGAUCUUUGCAACUGAAUAUUUGCAUUCUUAAAACAUAACUCAUAGAGAUUUGAAACCAGAAAACCUUUUGCUAGAUGAGAAUAGAUAAUUAAAGAUUGCCGAUUUUGGCUUAAGCUUUAUCUCCUAAACUCAAGGCGAAUAUCUUAAAACCGCGUGCGGAUCUCCUUGCUAUGCUGCACCUGAGAUGCUUGUGGGUAAAACUUAUGAGGGAACCAAAAGUGAUAUCUGGAGUUGUGGCAUCAUUUUAUUUGCUAUGUUAUGUGGAUAUCUACCUUUUGAACAUGAAAAUACGCAAUAAUUAUAUGAAUUAAUAAAGACUAGCGAUUUCGAAAAGCCUGAAUAUUUAUCUAAGAAUGCCAUAGAUCUAUUAACAAAUAUUCUAGUCAAAGAUCCAAAUAAAAGAAUUAAUAUUGAAUAAAUUAAAUAACAUCCAUUUUUUUCGUCGCACGCAUCGAUCCCAUCCAAGAAUCUAAGUUUGAAUGACUAAGGAAUCAUUGCAAAAAUGAUAGAAAUGGGAUAUCAACAAAAUUAAAUUAUAACCUAAUUGUAAAAAAAUAAACAUAAUACAUUGACUACCAUAUAUUACUUGUUAUAAAAAAAAUGCAAUCAACCUCAGAAAAGAAGCUUUUUUCAAAAUAUUCAAAACCUAGGUAAUCUCAAGCUUGAUAUCAAUCAAAAAAGAUUUACAAUUUCAAAGUUUCAACCAUCUCAAUAAGGGUCACCUAUUUUAGAGAAAAUAGACAAGACUAAAUAAUCCAUUAGACCAAAAUUAGAUAAUUCACCGUAUUUAAAGACUUAGAUUUCUUAAAAAUUCAAAAAAGUUAAUUUAUCGGUUUAGUCUAAAAGAGUGAGUGUUCAAAUAGAAAACUAAAGAUAAAAGACUAAUUCUGUUUAAGAAAAACAUUGCGAAAGGCCUUACAUUUUAACACAAAUUAUCUAAGAUCAGAGAUCUAGAAGUUAAUCUAGAAAAAAUUCAAAACAUCAGGCAACUAUGUAAAGAAGAGAUUUAGAAUAAGCAAUAAAAACUGAUAAUAAUGAGGAGAACUUAAGUAUUUAGAAAGGUAUUUAUGCUUAAGUAAGAUAAAGAAAUAAAACUCAACCAAAUAAAAAUGAAGAAGCAUCUAAAUACUUUGAAAAAACUUCAAAGUUGAAUACAUCUCAUUAGAUGGCUGAAAAGAAUCCAUAAUUCUCCCCUUAUAUAAACAUGAAUAUUAGCAAUCAUAGACAAUUGUUUAAACAGAAUUAUAAUGGAAAUUUGUGUGAUUUGAUGAAGAAAAAAGGCGAGUUCAAAACCAGAAUAUUAUGA